AUGGCGUGCCGCAAGCUGUUCCUCUCGCCGAAGCUUUUCCUGGCGCGGAAGCCGGCGAUUCCAAUCCUCGCGGCCCGACGUGUAGGCGGCUCCUCCGAAGCAGCGCAUUCAGGGCACCGUGAAGGUCGUGUAGUUGUGGUGGGAGAUGUGCACGGCUGCGCCGCAGAGCUCUCCAGACUGCUGGAGGCGCUGGCGUUCUCGUCCAACGACCAGCUGAUCUUCGUGGGGGAUCUGAUUGGCAAAGGCCCGGCGCCCAGGGAGACCUUACGCAUCGCCCGCGCGCACGGCGCCAGAGCUGUGCAGGGCAACCACGAGUUCAACUUGCUCCGGUGGCGCAAGAGGGGCGCGCCUAUGCCCGACCCGGAGAAGAAGGUGUCCUCCAAGUAUUUGGCGACGGUUGCGGAGUUGCAGGACGAGGAUUGGCGGUGGCUGGACUCCCUACCGCUGACGCUGCAACUGGAGUUGCCGGUGCCAACGAUGGUGGUGCACGCAGGGCUGCUGCCAGGUGUGCCGCUGGAGCAGCAGAAGCACCAUGACCUGGUUCACCUGCGCAGCCUAGACUCACGAGGCCGCGGCUCUGAGAAGCUCGAGGGCGUGCCCUGGGCCAAGCGCUGGCGAGGCCCGCAGCAGGUGAUCUUCGGCCAUGAUGCGCGCCGGGGUUUGCAGCAAGAGGACUUCGCUGUGGGGCUAGACACAGGUUGCGUCUACGGGGGUCACCUCACUGCGCUGGCACUGCCCAAGACCUGGACGUCGCCUCUGCGACUGGCGCCCCAAGUCUCAGUGCCCGCCAUGGCCACGCGCCUCGAGCUGGAGACGGAUGCAGCUGCCGCCAAGGCCUUUCUGAAGGCUGGGCAAUUCAGCUUUUUGACGGAGGACACCACCAUGAAUGUCUUGCCGGCAGUGGGAGGGAAGCUGGUAACGGCCCUUGGUGAGGGAGGCUUCCAGUAUCUGCUGGCGGGUGCUCGCGCAAACGUGGGCAUCAAGGCGGGUCGGUACCUCUUUGAAGUGAUGAUGGUGGAGGCGCUGAACCCCUGGGAGCCUGCGGGGCGGAUGGCCGGCCCCAGGCCCAAGCAGCUGCUGCGCGUGGGUGUGGCCACCAGUGACUCGAACCUCUUCCUGGGCACGGAGGGCUCGGAGAGUGUGCGGGCGCUCGGAGAAGAGAUGGCCGUUUUUAAGGUCUGCUUCGACGCGGGGGGCUUCUGCUUGCAUGGCCGGAAGCGAGAGCCGGUGCCUUCCCGCGAAGCCUAUGCCGGCAAUGAGCCGCCGGAUGAUUGCAAGACGUGUGGAGAUGCUGCUUGCGGUGCGAAGGCUGUGCGAUGUCCGCAGUCGGAGCUAGAGGAUUUGCGGGUCAUGCUGCAGGCGAAGAACAGCAUCAUCCAAGAUCUCGGGCGCAGAUUGCAGGAUGCCGAUGCGGAAAUCGAGUCUUUGCAGGCACAAUGCCUAGAGCUCCGCGGUCAUGCCCCGCCACCGCUGCAGCUGAUGCAGCUGCUCCGCAAUGCUGCAGACGGAGGGGCCCAGCUCCAACGGUGCCUGCAAAGGGAGAAUCAGUUGCGCCAGGAAUGGUCCUUGGCAGAGCGGGCGCAGAGGGAGCGGGAGGAUGCGGAGAAGAGCACCACCGCCUGCGAAGAGCAGGAGGCUUUGCUGCAGUUCGAGUGCCUCGCAGCCCAGCGAUCGGCGGAGCUGGCCGAGGCGCAGCUCCGGGAAGAGUGCGCCCAGCUGCGGGCGGAGAUCUCCGCGGGCCAAGGCUCCGAGCUGGCGGCCAGCGAGGAGCUUUCGGAGGCGCAGCACGAGACCCACCGCCUGCGGCGGCGCUUGGAGGCCAUGGCCAUGGCCAAGCGCACGCUGAAGCGCCGAGUGCAGGCGCUGUGCCAGUGCGACAGCCCGCGGGCGAAGGACGUGGAGCAGGAGCAUCAGAGGUGCCGCCAGCUUUGCGAGGAGGCGGCCGUUGCCAUAAACAUCAACUCAGAGCUCGAGGCACAGAGGGCGGAGCUGCAGAGCGCCAGUGUAGAAGGAGAGCUCUCGCUGGAGAACCGAGAGCUGCGGGAAAAGACGGCAGCCCUCGAAGAGAAGCUGGAAUUUGCCCUCGGCCAAUCUGCCAGCUUCCAGCGCCGGAUAGCAGAAUUGGAGUCUGAUUUGGCAGAGACUGUGUUGCAGAUGCCGCAGGCCGAGGAGUGCGAGCUCCUGCGGCAGCAGGUGGCAGAGGCGGCCGCCACAACUCCGGAGAGCACUAUGCGCCAGAUGGAGGUGAUGGAGGCUGAGGCGCGGAUCUGGCGAGAGGAAUGUGAGGAGCUCCGGUGCCAGGUGCGGGAGGCGGCAGCGACCACCCCGGAGAGCUCGCUCCGACGGAUUGAGGAGCUCGAGGCCUCCUUGGCCCAGUCGGUGUUGGCGAUGGGCCGCGAAGAGCAGGUGGAAAGACUGAAAGGUGACGCACAAGCGCAACAAAUGCGAUAUGAGGAGGAGAUUGCGGUGUUGAAGAGCAGCACAGAGGCGCAAAGGACAAGGCUCGAAGAGGAGAUUGCAGUCUUGAAGGAUAGCGCAGACGCACAAAAAGCAAGACUGCAGGAGGAGGUGGCAGCUUUGAAGGGCAGUGCUGAGGCGCAAAAAGCAACACUGGAGGAGGAGGUGGCAAGAUUGAGCGGCGCAGACGCGCGACAUGCACGAUGUGAGGAGGAGAUUGCAAGAUUGAAAAGAUGUGUGGAGGCGCAGAAAGAGCGAUACGAGGAGGAGCAAAAAGCGGACUUCCAACAGUUGCAGGAGCAGGUGCAAGAAGCACAUCAGGAGGUGCAGCGCCUGCAACAGGAGCGGCAGGAGCAAAGGCUCUGCCUCAUGCGACAAGAGGAGGCCGUACGUGCCAGAGAAUCUGUGGCUGAGGAGCUGCGCGGGGACUUGCAGCUGAAAGAGGAGGAGUUGCGGCUGUGCCAGGAGGCUGUGGACCAGCUGAAGGCGCACAGCGCCCACCGGGCCAACUUGUUGUCGGACCAGGCGGAGGAGAACCGGCACCUGAAGGAGGAGCGAGAAGCCUUGCUGGCCCAAAGCGAGGCGCUGCGCUCAGAGGUGGACACGCUGCGGGCGGUGCAGACUUUCUCCGCCGGUGAGGUGGCAGAGCUGUCUGCGGAGGCCGAGCGGCUGAAAGCUGCGGAUGCCGCGGGCCUCCUUUUGAUCUCAGAGAAAGAGGAGGAUCUGCAGAGCUUGACGGAGGAGCUGCGGAGAGUCCAGAAGGAGUCCGAGCAGAAGAGAGCUGCAAUGGCGGAGGAGCUGGAGUGGGCGAUGGCGGAGCUCAGCCGACUGCACGGGGAGUACACGGAGAUGGCUGCCUUGGCGGCUGAGAGGACGCAGGACUGCGACCAGUAUCGCCUGGAAGCCGACCAGCUGCGAGUUGCGGGCGCCCUGGACCGUGCCAAUGAAACCCAGGAGCUGCAAGAGUUGAAGGAUGAGCUGGCGCAAGUGGGUGCCCUGGCCGCGCAGAAGUCGCAGGAGUGUGACGAACAACACGCGGAGCUGGAGCGUUUGCGCAUGCAGGCCAGCCAUGCAAGUGCAAAGAUCACGGAGGAGCUGGAGCAGUGCCGGCAAGAGGUGCAAAGAUGGAAGUCGGAAGUGGAGAAGAAGGCUCAGAUCAUUUCCCAGCAGGUGGAGGAGCUGCUGCUUUGCCAGGAGGAGCUAGACAAAUGGAAGCUGCAGGCACAAAGCAUGGCGAAGGACAUCGCUUCCCGUUCCAAGGAGCUGGAUGCCUGGCAAGCCGAGGUGCAGAGGUCUGCGGAGGCGUUGGCCCAGCAGAGCCAGGACCUCGAUCGGUGCCGCGAAGAAUUGGACAAGUGCCAGCAACGCAAAGAUCCGGCAUCUGCUAUCUCAAGACAACUGGAGGCAGAGGAAGAGCUCGAAUCCCUGCGGCGUAAGCACAAGAAGAACCUCACGGCCAUGUCCCAGCAGAGCCAGGAGUUGGAGCAGUGCCAAGAGGAGGCGGCCAAAUGGAAGCAGGAGGCCCAGCACAAAGCCCAAGACCUCGCUCGGCAAGUUGAGGAGCUCGGGCUGUGCCAAGAGGAGCUAACAAAGUGCCGCACGCAGAAGCAGGAGGAGGCAGCCAAGGUGAAGAGGCACUUGGAGGAGCUUGAAAGGCUGCAUGCGCAGCUUUCUGUCAGUGCGCAUACGAUAGAGCACAUGACGCAGGAGGCUGCACGCCACGCGGAGAGCGAGGCAGCAGCGGCCCAGGCAGCAGAGGCCCAACGUCUCGAGCUGCGGGCGGAGGCGGAUGCGAAGGCGGAACAGGCGCAGGAAGAGCUCGAAGCCUUGCGGCGAAAGCACAAGAAGAACCUCACGGCCAUGUCCCAGCAGAGCCAGGAGGCGGCCAAAUGGAAGCAGGAGGCCCAGCACAAAGCCCAAGACCUCGCACGGCAAGUUGAGGAGCUCGGGCUGUGCCAAGAGGAGCUAACAAAGUGCCGCACGCAGAAGCAGGAGGAGGCAGCCAAGGUGAAGAGGCACUUGGAGGAGCUUGAAAGGCUGCAUGCGGAGCUUUCUGUCAGUGCGCAGACGAUAGAGCACAUGGCGCAGGAGGCUGCACGCCACGCGGAGAGCGAGGCAGCAGCGGCCCAGGCAGCAGAGGCCCAACGUUUCGAGCUGCGAGCGGAGGCGGAUGCGCAGGCGGAACAGGCGCAGGCAGCAGCCCGCAAGGAGCUGGAUGCCUACCGCGCGGAGGCAGACCAGCUGCGGGCAGAGGCGGCCAUGGCGGCUGUGGCGCCGGAGGACGCAGAUGGUGAAGUGGAGGCCUUGCGAGCCGAAGUGGCAGCGCUGAAGGCACAGGCUUCCCGCGCCAAAGAUGAGGUCAAGUGCGCAGAGUUGGACAUCACCCUGAAGCCGCAGGACGCGGACUUCGAGGAGCCGCCGGUUCUGGCGGAGAGGAUUACCGUUACCCAGGAGCAAGCUGAUGUUCGGACGGAGCUGCAGGUCUUACGGGCAGAGGCCGCUAGGAAGGAGUCCUUGUUGAUGCGCCUCACGCAGGAGUGUCAUUGGUACCAAGCGGAGUUGGACCAGCUUCGGGCUUCCCAAGCUUUGGAUCAGGGCAAUGAGUUGCAGCUGAAGGAGCUGGACGUUUUGCGCGCAGACGUUGCGGAGAAAGAUGCCUUGGUCGUCAGUUUGACGCAGGGCAAGGAGUUGCAGCUGAAGGAGCUGGACGUUCUGCGCGCAGACGCUGCGAAGAAGGAUGCCUUGGUCGUCAGCUUGACGCAGGGCAAUGAGUUGCAUCUGAAGGAGCUGGACGUUUUGCGUGCAGACGUUGCGGAGAAGGAUGCCUUGGUCCUGAAGGAGCUGGACGUUUUGCGCGCAGACGUUGCGGAGAAGGAUGCCUUGGUCGUCAGCUUGACGCAGGGCAAUGAGUUGCAGCUGAAGGAGCUGGACGUUUUGCGUGCAGACGUUGCGGAGAAGGAUGCCUUGGUCGUUGGCUUCACGCAGGGCAAAGAGUUGCAGCUGAAGGAGCUGGACGUUUUGCGCGCAGACGUUGCGGAGAAGGAUGCCUUGGUCGCCAGUUUGACGCAGGGCAAUGAGUUGCAGUUGAAGGAGCUGGACGUUUUGCGCGCAAACGUUGGGGAGAGAGAUGCUGUGGUGCUUCGCCUGACGCAGGAGCGUGACUCCGUCCAGGUGGGGGCGAACCAGCUGCGCGCACGGCAAGCUUCGCUGCUUAAGGCGAGGGCCGCAGGAUUGGAAGAGCUGGGCAGUUUGCGCGCAGAGGUCGCGGAGAAGGAUGCCGUGAUGCUUCGCCUGACGCAGGAGCGUGAGGACUUCCAGGCAGAAGCAAGCCAGCUGCGCGCACGGGAAGCUUCGCUGUUCGAGGGGAAAGCCGCGGAAUUGGAAGAGCUGGAGGCUUUACGCGCAGAUGCUGCUCAGAAGGAAGCCUUGGUGGAUCGCCUGAAGAAGGAGCGUGAGGACUUCCAGGCAGAAGCAAGCCAGCUGCGCGCACGGGAAGCUUCGCUGUUCGAGGGGAAAGCCGCGGAAUUG